AUGAUACUGCGUGGCUUGCCGGUAUCCGUGCAGAAAUAUAUGUUCUGGAAUCUGGUGACGGUCAGCUAUGAAAAAUACAAUUUGCACCACUACCUCUAUUUUGUCAUGUUGCUGCUGUACAGUAUUUUCGGGGGGCUGAUGUUUUGCUGGAUCGAGGGAUCACAAGAAGCUACUCUACUAGAGCAGAAAAAUGCCGAAUUAAUUCGCACCAGUCUGCAUGCAAAACGCAAUUUUGUCGAUGCGGUUCAGAGCCUCUACUUUUCGAACAAAUCAUCAGCCGAAUUUUACGAGACCAAAUUGCGGAAAGCCCUCGACAGAUACGACCGCGAGAUGGGGCUGAAACCCGAGCUCAAAAACCGGAAGCGCUGGACGAUUUGGGGCGGGCUGUACUAUGCGGGAACGAUUUACACAACGAUCGGUUACGGUGACCUGGCGGUGCGCACAGCGUGGGGACGAAUAUUCACGAUGGUUUACGCGGUCAUAGGUAUCCCACUCGUCAUCACCAUACUCAACGAUUGGGGCACCCUGCUUUUCACGGCUGUACAAUGGUUCUGGCUCAACCACGCACGGCGCUACUACAACAAACUCGGGCAGCUGCUGCAAAAAACAUGUUGCAGAAAACGGGCAAAAAGAGGGGAUUUGGACCUCCUGGAAGACGAGGAAUCUUUCGACAAGCAACUGCAAGAACAGAAUGAAAAGGAAGAAAAAGAAGAGGAGGAGCAGGAGCAGGGAAAACCCGCGGAGAACGAGCCAAUUCCACUCUUUUUGGUGCUGGUAGUCCUGGUCUUCUGGGUGUUGCUGUGUUGCGCCAUGUUUUGCGCAUGGGAGAAUUGGACACUUUUCGAGUCGAUCUACUUCUUCUUCAUUUCGAUGACCACCAUAGGCUUUGGCGACAUCACCCCAUCCCAUAAAGUGGCCGUUAUCAAUUUUCUAUUUAUUCUGAUGGGCCUCUCCGUCGUCUCGAUGGCAAUUAACAUUAUUCAGAUGAACCUGGAACUCAUUUUUGCAAAAAUCGUCGCCUCCAUCGAUACCGAUUUCAAGAAUUCACUGCAGGAGGGAGGCUUUCUGAACAAAUUGCGCAUGCGUCGAUCCCCCGCUCCCGAUUACGUUGGCGACGACCUGAAGACGAACGCGGAGGGCGCCGAGAAAAAGGGCAUGGAGCCGGAAGAUGGCGACGUCGUGAAGGAGUACUCGAAAGAUUUUCCCGGAUCUCAGAAACUGCUUAUGCGCUUCAUGAGCAACCAUCAACGAAAAAUGCUGGAGGAGAAAUUCGAUGAGCGCGCCAAGAUGCGAAGCAAGUAUACGCAGACGUUUCGACAGAUUACGACAAAAUCGGUGCAAACGCAAGAUCGACAGUACUACGAUGAGGAAUAUAAAGAGGAGGAGCAGCCCAAAUUCAAUUCGGCAAUCUCGACGAAACGACUCUACAUCUACAAUACUGGAUUUGAA